AUGUUUGCGUUCAGCCUUUGUUUAUUUUUAUUAACUUUUAACGGUAUAUUUUGUGAAGAUAGUACGGUUAUAGUGGAAACAGAACAAGGGAAAGUCGAAGGGAGUUUAUCUAGCAAUGGACUUUAUCAUGAAUUUUUGGGGAUACCAUACGGUGUCCCUGUGAAAUUCCGGGCACCCCAAGACCCUCCGGAGCACGAAGAAGUCUUCAAGGCUGACAACCGACUCAGCAUCUGCCCUCAGUUUCCCUCCAACGACCCUCUGGCCCUCCCGAGCGAUAAUGAAGACUGUCUGACCCUCAACAUAUACUCUCCUAUCAACUCGAUUAAUACCACCUUACCUGUGAUGGUAUAUCUUCAUGGGGGAGGCUUUGGCAUCGGUUCAGGAUCCCCAACCUUCUACGGACCCCAAUAUUUAGUCAGCCAUGGAGUCGUCAUUGUUACCAUCAAUUACCGACUGAAUGUCUAUGGAUUCCUAAACCUUGGCACGAAAGAAGCGCCUGGUAACGCUGGAUUGAAGGAUAUAAGGCAAGCUUUGAGGUGGAUUAAGAAGAAUAUUGCUUCAUUUGGUGGUGACGAGGAAAAUGUAACAGUUUUUGGACAAGGAAGUGGUGGUAUUGCCGCCAUUUAUUUGACGUUAUCCGAAUCCUGCAAAGGACUCUUCAAUAGAAUCAUCUCUGAAAGCGGUUCACUGUUCACGCCGCAUUCUUUCGACCACAAACCCUUGGCUACAGCCAGUCAAAUAGCCAAAUCAUUAGGUGUAAACUCUGAAGACAGUGAAGAAUUGUUCAAACUGUAUUCCGAUACGCCUAUAACCAAAGUUGAGGAGGCAAUAUCUAAGCAAAUGAACGCAAAAUCAGUCUUCCUUCCAUCAGUUGAAUCCAUCUUCGAGGAUGAAGAAGCCUUCCUAACUGAUACUCCUUACAACAUCUUGACUACCAAAAACCACAAAUCCUUUAAUCCUGUACCAAUAAUCAUCGGCAUCAACACAGUUGAAGGUCUAACGAGCACUUUGGAUUACAACACGAUUACCAGUCAAAUGGACAGGAUUAAGAAUGAAGACUACUCCUCAUUAGACCAGAGAAACUUCGAAAUACCCGAUGAUGAAAAAGAGGAAUUCAGAGACGUGUUAAAGGAGACAUACUUUUCUAACACUACAUCGGACGAGACUGUUGUUGGGGGUAUUAUAAAUUUGAAUUCUGACUUCUCUUUCGUCGGCCCGUUGUCUCUCUUCACGGAAUUGUACUCCAACGUAUCUGGACAAGCUAUUUACGAAUAUAUCUUUAAUUAUAUUGGCAAUAGGAAUCUUGGGAGGCUUCUAACGAAUAGCAGCUUGCCAGCGACGGCGAAUCAAGAUGAAUUGUUCUAUAUCUUCGAGCUGGAGAGAGUGCCUCUGCCCAUGGAUGAGAAUGACGCGCGGAUUGUCACCUUCAUGACUAUGAUGUGGACUAAUUUCGCUAAGUUUGGCAACCCCACUCCAGAACCUGAAAACGGCUCGUGGCUACCGCACCCUCACAAUUUGGCCAUAGCGCUGGAGCCUCAGUAUGUAGCCCCCCUGACUCCAGAGAGGGCGCACUUCUGGAAGACUUUAUAUAUGAAGUACGGAGCUGAUGUCCCGAGGGAGGCAGAGGAGGAAAUGUGAUCAUUCGAGCAGCUUGGUGGAGUAUGCUCCAUACCCGGAGGGUUGAU